AAAACAGUUUUAGUAGAACGCACUGGCCUGGUGGUCUUUCUUAAGAGUCUUUCUUACAUAUUUUAAUAAACAUAUUUAUAAUAUUUAAAUAUAAGCGAAUCGGCAAACUUGAAAUUAUGAGUGACUGGGAGCACAAUAAGGAGAUACAAUUAUUUCGCGAAUAUUUGCGGAUACCGAGCGUACAUCCGGACAUUGAUUACACACCAUGUCUGGAGUUUUUACAAAGACAGGCCAGAGAUUUAGAACUACCCGUAGAAAUAUACUACCCCGGCGGUCCCAACAAGCCCAUACUUGUUAUGACAUGGCUGGGACAAGAACCUGAACUGCCAACGAUAAUGCUCAAUUCGCAUAUGGAUGUGGUGCCGGUCUAUCCGGAAAAAUGGACGCAUCCACCAUUUGCUGCCGAAAUGGACGAGGAAGGACGCAUAUUUGCACGCGGUUCACAGGAUAUGAAAUGUGUGGGCAUGCAAUAUCUGGCAGCGAUACGAGCGCUUAAAAAGAAGGGCGCCACAUUCAAGCGUACUAUACACGUCACUUUUGUGCCUGAUGAGGAAAUAAGUGGCGUUCUCGGUAUGAAAAGUUUCGUACCAACGGAUAGUUUUUGUAAAUUGAAUGUCGGUUUUUGCUUAGACGAAGGUGCGCCGACUGUAAACGAUGAGUAUAAAGUAUACUAUGCGGAAAAGACCAUAUGGUACGUGCAUUUCACUAUCAGCGGCACAACGGGGCAUGGUUCGCUAUUGCAUAAGAAUACAGCGGCUGAAAAAUUCCAAUAUAUUCUCGGUAAAAUGUUGGCGCUAAGAAAGAAGGCAGAAGAUCUCUUAGAGAGCGAUCCAACUUUGGAUCUUGGUAAUGUGAGCACCGUUAAUUUGACAGUAGUCAAGGGUGGGCUGCAGAACAAUGUUGUACCGCCUGUGAUUGAAGCAACUUUCGAUCUACGCUUGAGUAUCGAUGAAGAUUUGGAGGCACUACAACAGCAGCUCAAAGAUUGGUGUGAAGAAGCUGGCGGUGAUAUUGCAAUCAAGUUCCCUACGCAAGACAAGAAGACGCCGGCCACUGUUAUAAAUGAUACUAACCCCUUUUGGGUUGCUAUGCAAAAUGCGUUGAGAAAACUUGAUUUGAAAAUACGCCCUACAGUGCUACCCGGCGUCACUGAUAGCCGUUACGUGCGUCAAAUGAAUAUACCCGCUUUGGGCUUCUCUCCAAUGGCGCAUACACCGAUUCGGCUACAUGCUAAUGAUGAGUACUUGCAGGCAGACACCUAUUUGGAGGGUAUCCGGAUAUACGAAAAUAUACUGCCAGCCAUUGCUAAUGCUUAAACUGUAUUAGCUGACUUUCCAAAAACGAUUCCAUUUAACCUAGUGGUUAGGGGAUUUCAACAAUUUCGGGCACCAAGCCACCAUUAUAACUAAAAUAACAUGAAUAAAUUCUCUCACAUUUUAAACGUUA